AUGAACUUCACUCUGACACUCUUAUACCAUCCGCAAGAGCGUGAUGGUCUUUUAGGCGUGGUAUUUAUGAAGGGGCUCGUUGUCGACUUGGUUGGGAUGCUAAGCAAGGAGAAACAGCAUGGGGAUGUUGAUAUGAUAUUCCCCAAGGAGGACGCACUGCUGCCACCGCUGCAGAUCGCAUCUUUCUCGGGAGGGUCGUGUUUAGUUCGAACUAGUCUGCCGUCGGAUCUGCGCUUAAAAUCAAUGUCAUUACAGGACCAAGAGGCGACAUGUUUGUUGGGUUCGCGUGGCAGAAUGAGAUCAGCGUCGUUCAAGAGACCUCUCUUCUUUGUCUGCCAGGAGGCGGCAAUGCAAGAACGGGAUUUCCGCAAGAAAAGAAGGGGCGCGGAAAAGCCAAACAACAACUUGAAGAGAAGCCAAAGGAGCCGAGGAGCCAAAGAAGGCCAGCAGGUGGAAGAAGAGAAGGCUCUAACGUAG